GCGCCUGCUGAUCAACUAGAAGCAUAAAUAUAUAUUGCGAGAGAAAAAUGGAAAAUCCGUCGAGUGUUGAGUGGGGAGAAAAUGCUGCAUUAUUCCCAGGCUACCCUUCCGCCGCCGCAGCUGCUUUGCUUUCAUGGCCGCCGGCGUUUGAUGAAGGAGGGACGGCGAUAGGAAUGAUGAGAUCAGGCGGUGGAUUAAUCAGUGCUCCACAGAGUCACCGCGAAGCCGAGAAACGCCGCCGAGACAGAAUCAACGCGCAGCUCGCUACCCUUAGGACACUCAUUCCCAUGUCCGAUAAGAUGGAUAAGGCAUCUUUGUUAUCAAGCGUAGUGGACCAUGUGAAAGAUCUCAAGAGAAAAGUAACAGAAAUCAGCAAAGUCCUCGCCGACAUUCCGGCCGAAACUGACCAAGUGACCGUCGACGACGCUAAAUAUUCCGACGAACAAAGAAGCUUCUUCACUGCUGUGAAUUUCCUAAGGGUUUCGAUCUGUUGUGAUGACCGGCCGGAGUUGUUCCCGGAGAUAAACAGUGUACUCAAAGAACUAAAGUUGGUGAUGUUGCAUGCCGACGUGACUUGUUUGGGUGGUAGGGUUAGGACCAUUAUCUUGUUGCUCUGUCCCGACAAGGAUAAGGGGAUUUCCAUAAAUUCGUUCAAACAGUCCCUUAAGCUUGCAUUGUGCAAGGUUGCUAUACCUUCUUCUAGUACCACUUAUCGUAUCAGAAGCAAGAGGCAAAGGUUUUUCUUGCCUGACGCUCAUUUUCAUUAAAUAAAUAAUUAGAUAGAUAUAUGCAUAUAUAAUGAUAAUAAUUAGCACUACUGUGACUUGAAAUAAUCCAGAAUCUUACAUUUUCCCCUAGUUGAAUCCUACUGUAACUUUAAAUAGUGAGCACUUUGCGAACAUACUUCUCUCAUAGUAAAAAUAUUUAUAAAUAAAAUUGUGAUUGCAAUUACUGUAAUUAUAAUGUCAUCAUCC